AAGAACAGUAAAAAUGCAGGCAGGGCACAGGACAAAGCACUCGGGACAAAAUUGAUUUUAGUGAAUAUCACUUUUUGUCAUUUUCAAAUUUCCCACCGUUCCGUCCCCCGUACAUCCCGACGCUCGCAGGGGAUUGAACCCAGAAGACAGAUGACGGAUUACAUUGUCGGGGACACUGCAGGAGGGACAUCACGGGAGCACAGGACAAGGUAAGUGCAGAAGGAAUCGCGCAGCAGCGCCGCAUGGUAUUCCCGAGUGUAGCUCGGGGUUACCGCUUGUGGU